UGCGUCGCAUCGGGAGCUGGAGGGCGGCGCGCGUGACAAGUACUGAUAGCCAGCGUCGUGAUCUAAAAAAGUGCAAACAUGACUGAUAAGAUGGUAGGAAAGUGGAAGAUGGAAUCAAGCGAGAACUUUGACGAGUAUAUGAAAACUCUGGGCGUGGGCUUCAUGAUGCGCAAGAUGGGCAACACGCUUGUGCCGACGGUGGAGAUCACGGAAGCGGACGGCGAGUACGAGCUCAAGACCGUCACUACGUUCAAGACCACCGUCAUCAAGUUCAAGCUGGAUGUGCCGUUCGAGGAGGAGACGGCUGACGGCAGGAAGGUGCAGGCCACUAUGACAAUGGACGGCAACACCCUGGUGCACGAGCAAAAGGGCAACAAGGAAAAGGAGAAGGACUCAGUCCUCAAGCGCACCUUCGAUGGCGACACCAUGACGCUGACGUGCACCGUGGACGACGUCACCGCCACGCGUGUCUACAAGCGGACCCCGUAG